UCAAAUCAUUCGAAAUGUUGUUCCGAUUGGUUUUAAUUUUUCUCCCUUUAAUUUUCGCUUAUAAAUCCGAAUUCGGUAAACAAUUCGACGCUUUGCAAUUCUCUUCCGGGGGUGAAAAAGCCUCCAGUGGUUACCUCGGCCACCACCAGACCCACGAUGGGGUGCAAGGCCACCACGCCAAAGAAAACCAUCAAAAACACUACGCCGAAAAUCAAGGUCAGAAAAAAGGCCAUAACCAUCAGGAUGGUUAUUACGCCGACCAUCAUCAAGGCCAUAAAGGUCGCAACGGCUACCACUACGAAGACCACGGUAAAUACGCCAAAGGCCACAGCACGAAAGGCCACCACAAUGUACACAAACUCGACGAAUACAAGAAAAACACCGAUUUCUUCGAUGAAAACAACGACGAAGGGUUCGAGGAGAAGCACGGAGGGUACGAAUUGACGCGAGCGGUUGCAAAAGGCGGCCAUAAUUCUGGGGGACACUUCAAAAAARGUCACGAGAGCGGGAAUUACGGCCUUGUGGGUUUCGUCGAUAAAGGAGCGCAUUUUUUCAACGAUCAAGGACACAAAAAAGCACAAGGAGAUGAAGGAUACUAUGGGAAUCACGCGCAAUUUGCCAAACAUGGAGCACAAGAUGGGUUYAAAAAAUUCGGAUUUAGUAYUAGUCACGUGUUGCAAUAAUUUUUUAUUUAUUUUUUAUUUGAAUAAAUGUGUUAAGUGUUGGUUUCAUUGA